CGCAAGGGAUAUGCACUGUUCUUGUCGAUUGUCCGUACUCGGGCUCGUACGACGUGACGCGCGAAAAGCACACGCCGCGUGAGUGCACGCCGCACUUUGACAGUUCGCAUCGGCAACGCCGCGGCACGAAUUUAUUUAUUUUUUUUUCUUUUCACUGACGCGCGUUGCAAAAGUGUUUUGUGCUCGGUGAGAUGACGGCAGCUUGUGAAUCACGAUAAUCGGACGGCGAUCAGGGUGACAGUGCGGGUGGCAGAAGAGAGGAAGGAGCACCGGUGAGCACUGCGGCACGAGAACGGAGUUUGCGUACGCUACGGUCACUAAACGUUGACGAGGCAGAAAUGGCACGGCGGGAGUCUCGGUGAGGAAAGGGCGAGGGUAAAGCCCUCGCAGGAAAGGGGAGCUAUGGUGAAAAGCUUGGAUUUCCUCGCCAGAAGGGCGCCACCUGCCGUCCACCUUUUCGUCGUUUUGCUCGCGCUCGCCCCCGCUUACCACGGCGUGGACCUCUCCCAAUGCAUCGCGCCGCUCGGCAUGGAGUCCCGGGCGAUCCCGGACGCGGAUAUCAACGCCAGUUCCAGCUUCGACACCGGAAACGUCGGUCCCCACCUGGCACGACUGAAAUCGGAGAACCUCGGCGGCGCCUGGUGUCCUAAGAACCAAAUCACCAAGGAAGCUCGAGAAUGGUUGGAAAUCGACCUUCAUACGAUCCACUUGAUCACGGCCACCGCUACCCAAGGCCGUUUCGGAAACGGCGUGGGUGUUGAAUACGCAGAGGCGUAUCUACUGGAGUAUUGGAGACCGCGACUAGGCAAAUGGGUUCGAUAUAGGGACAUCAAAGGAGAAGAGGUAAUACAGGGUAACACGAACACGUAUUUGGAGUCCAAGCACGAGCUGGAGCCGCCUCUGUGGGCGAGCAAGAUCCGUUUUCUGCCCUACAGCUAUCACAGGCGGACGGUUUGCAUGCGGGUCGAGCUCUACGGGUGUUACUGGAGCGACGGCGUGGUAUCUUAUUCGAUGCCCCAGGGCGAUAAAAGGGGCGCAUGGGAAUUCUUCGACGCGACCUACGACGGACAUUGGGACGGCGAGCUGCGCCGUGGCCUGGGUCAGCUAACUGACGGCAGAACGGGGCCUGAUUAUUUCAAAAUGCACUACGAUAACGAACGCGCCCAGGGCUGGGUCGGCUGGAGGAACGAUAGCCGCGGCCAGCCGGUCGAGAUCAAGUUCGAGUUCGACAAAGUCAGGGAAUUCUCCGCCGUCCAUAUUUACUGCAAUAACGAAUUCACCAAAGGCGUCCAGGUGUUUUCUGAGGUCGACAUACUCUUCAGUAUUGGCGGAAAAUAUUACACGGGGGAACCUAUUACCUACACCUACAUGGAGGAUAAGAUCUUCGAGACUUCUCGGAACAUCACGAUCAAGCUUCAUCACCGAGUUGGAAAAUUCGUUAAGCUGAGACUCCACUUCUCGGAUCGAUGGAUCAUGGUCAGCGAAGUAACUUUCGAUUCUGAUAUAGCGCACGGCAACUUCACGCCCGAGGAAGCACCGACAACCGAAUCACCGAUCCAGAGCGACGUCUUUGUCGAGAAGAACGGCGCCGCCGAGGGCGAGCUUCCGGUUUCGACGGCGAAACACGACGACCCGACGUACAUGGCGGUCGUGAUCGGCGUGCUGACCGCCGUGAUACUUUCACUCGCUGUAGCGAUAUUUUUGAUUGUCUCACGACACAGGCAGCGCAAGUGUUUCGCCAGCCCGAUGACCGGCAAAGCCCCUUCUCAUUUAGGAUCCACCUGCGCCACCGUCGAGAAAGGCGCGGCUUUGAUGGCGUAUACUUUAGAGGACGACGAAAGAUACGCAGGCGGUUCUCUGCCGACUUUGCCGCGCGACCUCGGAAAUCGUCUCCUGGACAUCGUAAAGCUGGACGACUACCAAGAGCCCUACCAGGCGCUAAAGUACGCGCCGUACUACAGCUACAGCACCGUCGUUAUGGAGAUGAAAGACAUGAUGCUGAACAACAAGGGCACCAACAUCAAUCACUCAGCGGUGUACGCGAACGGUGCAGUUGACACGUCGUACGAUUAUGCGGUACCGGAACUCGGCACGGUGCCUCUGCUCAAUCAGGACGCCGGCGCCGGCCGCGGGGCGACCGUCUCCAGCGCCGCUGGCGACCAGGACAGCCUCUUCUCCAAGAGUUCGCGGACCACGAAGACCGAGGACAAGAAGUCGCCGACUCAACAGGAGGUACUCUCGGCCCUGAAGAAACGUCUGGAGCAGACCAGCGUACCGCUCUUCCCACGGCAUCGCCUUCGUAUGCUCUCUAAGCUCGCCGAAGGAGCCUUCGGAACGGUAUACGUGGCGGAAGCUGAAGGAAUCCCAGAGUACGGAACGACUACCACCCUCGGCAAGCGACUCGUCGCCGUCAAGUUUUUACUGCCGGAAGCCAGCGAGAAGGAAAAGUUGGACUUCCAAAGAGACGUAAGAAUUCUGGCUGCUCUGGAAGAUCGCAAUAUCGCCCGAGUCCUAGGCGCCUGUCAUCGAGAGGAACCGUACUGCGUCGUGAUGGAAUACCUAGAACACGGAGAUCUCUGUCAGUUCCUCAAGACGCAUAUCACAGCCGAGGACGCGCAUUCCAUGCCGAUUGGUGUCAAGACACUCAGUUUCAACUGUCUCAUCUACAUGGCGGCGCAGAUCGCGUCGGGCAUGCGGUAUCUGGAGAACCUGAACUUCGUUCAUCGGGAUCUGGCUACUAGAAACUGUUUGGUCGGCAAGGCUUAUCAUAUCAAAAUCUCCGACUUCGGCACGGACAAUGAACUGUACGCCUGCGAUUAUUACAAAGUUGAUGGAGCUAUGCCGUUGCCGGUACGAUGGAUGGCCUGGGAGUCAAUAUUUCUGGGCAAGUACACGACCAAGAGCGACGUGUGGGCUUUUGCAGUCACUCUAUGGGAGAUCCUGAACCUCGGCAGACGCGUCCCUUACGAGCACCUGUCCAACGAGGAUGUGGUGCAGAGUCUGCGACAGCUGUAUCAUACCGCUGAUUGCAACAACGCCAAUCCCGAGGACGGCUGCAAGGAGGAUUCCAGAAGCGGCUUUGACUAUCUGCCGCGACCCACCGCUUCCUCCAAGGACAUAUACGAUCUGAUGCUCGAGUGCUGGCGACGAGAGGAAAACGAAAGACCGACUUUCCGUGAAAUAUCCCUCUUUCUGCAGCGGAAAAAUCUUGGAUACGCUCCAACGUCCUGAUAUUGAGCCCCGAGCUUCGGCAAGCACGACGUUCUUAAUAGUCAGCCCGCGAAUCAGAACAAGCUCGGUUCUAAAACGGCUGGACGAGUGUGCGAUGACGGGCAGCGUCCUCAUUCGAGGAUCAGCAAGGACGAGCGAAUAACUGUCGAGUGAGAGGGAAAGAGAAAGAAGAACCAGCUAAUGAGGAAAGACGGCGAAAGCAUGACGGGGGGACAAAUGUAUCGUGACAUCGAAAUGAUAAGUACGAGGGAAUUUCAUUGUCUGUCAACGAAGCGAGAUUGGAAUACGAACUUCACGACAGAGAUCGAUCGUCCUUCAAUUUUGUCUCGACAUACAUAUACUUUUUUUGCGAGCAACGAGUAAUAACGGACAGGUAAUAAAGUUAGAAUAGAUAGAAAGGUAAAUGUGUGUGAUCUCGAGAAGACUCGCGAUAUCGGAAUUCGUCGUAAUAUCGGGGGUUAUCGUGCACCUGAUCUCCGUGAAAUUCUCAGUAGCGAGCAUGAUGCAUAUCGAUUUGAAGCGACAAAUGUCGCGCGACUAUCUAUACCAGAAGCAGGACUUCUUUCUCGUGAAGGAAGGCAAGGACAGACACGAAUCUAUGAAUAUGACAAUCGGACGUUGGCAUACGGUAAAAGCUGCCCGUCGUAGAUAGCCGCUCUGCGAAAAACCUUCGCUAUUGAGGGAGACGGACGUUUGUGAGAUCGCGAGAAGAGGAUUGUUCUCUCGUCGAAAAAAAAAAAACUAGGAGCAAUGUCACGUAACUGUAACGCAGCUGUGAACAUUCCUACACGAAUGAGUGUACCAAUUAUCGCGCGGGCGAAUAGGAAAGAUCGUUACUACGAAAGGAUAAUUAAGGUUCCUUCGGGAUUAUAUCAUUUCGGUUGAGGAUUCAAUGAAAAAUGUGAAUCACAACGACGUACGGCAAUAUAGCGGGUACGAUAUUAGAUGCUGUUCGAGUUAAUCUUAAGGCAUUAUAACCGAGUGUAUUCGUGAAUGUGCGGGCGCCUGUGUGGUCUCCCCCCUUCUCUUUGUCACGCUCUCUAUUUUACUCUCUUUGAACGUACAUAUAUUGUAUCGUCCGGAUACCCCGGAUGUAUUUAUGAGACGAAUCUACAUGUAAUUUAGCACAAUCACGAAAUUCUUUAUCGUCACGAGACAUAUCGCGAAACGACGAAGCGAUUGUCGCGUAUUGUUAACGACGUUAGCCGAUCGCGAGGAAAUUGAUCUUUCUAAUUUUUUAUUUCUAUCUGAGCAUAGAAUCUGUGUGGAAUGUAACAUACCGUAAAUCAUCGCUAAAUAGCUUUGAAGGCAGUUAAAUGACUGUAAAGAUUUCUCGGUAAUGAAUAUUUACCCGAAUGAUGUCACUAUUACAAUCAACAAUUAACAGUUUGUACGUGGAUGGAAUUCGUUAAUGUCUUAAUUAGAGAGAUAUCGUAAGUCGUAAGCGCGCAAGUAGGCGAAGGAUAAGGUUUUGCCCUAUUCUUUGUGCAUUGGAGGACGGUAAUAGACUACGUAUCACGAAUAUGACACAUCAUAAUUGUAACUUUAUAUGAUAGGCGGGAUCAAUGAAAUUAGAAUAUUGUACAUAUAGGCGUACUCGUAGUAAGGAACGUUAUCAUUGUAUUUUUCGACAGUGAUGGAUAAAAUCAGGCGGACGAGAGAAAAUCGAAUUGUCUCCGAGAUAGCGUUAUACGUUCGCUUGUGAUUUGGCAUCGAUGUGAAAACGUAUAGAAAUUAUUUAACUUCUCUCGAUAAGAUGUUCGUAGUUCGAGAUAAUAAGUUGAGAAAAAUUCGACAUAUCGCGAAAUGUUCUUUCUUAUAAAAGAAAAGAAAGGGAGAAAACGCGGGAGACAGAGGGUAAUCGUAAUCAGUUUUAAAUACUUUGAAGUUAACAAUAAACUCGCUUAUCGCGCGUCAUCAUUUUCACCGUACUCUCGAUUCCAAUCAUUUCUAUCGAAUUUAAGUUCCGCGUAUUUAUAUACCAGAUGGAUACUAUUAUAACUUAUGCGAUAUUUAGCGGAUAGGCGAUGUUAUCGUUAUAUCAUUAAAAAAUACUAUUUAUAUAAAUUAACGUAAUACCGCGUAAGGAGUAGAUGAUACGGAAAGGCAUAGCCAUAUGUAGUUAAAUACGCGCGUUGAAUUUAAACGUAACUGGAAUUGCUUCUAUCACUGGGAUCGAAAUAUCUGAGGCAAGUGAAUGGAAAUCACGAUCAAUGCGAAUUCGCGCAAUGAAUCACGAGAGAAAGAGAGGGAGAGAGGGAGAAGUAAAUAGAAAUAGGCCGAUUCUUGAUCUUGCCAGAAGUAAAUAGUAAUAGCCGAUCGACUAUGCCGCUAAGUGUAACUAAAUGCGUAAUUUACAUUUUGCAUAAGUACCAGAUCAACAGACAUAUAAUUUCGUGCCAUCGCGAAACUUUGGCCAAUCGAUUUUUCGCACCGGUUGUGACUGAGUUGAAACAAUAAUAUUGUCUGUAUAUUUUUUAGUCCGAAGCAGACUGCCAUUACUUCUAGACGAUAUAAUAGAGAAUGAAUUGUAGUUGCGUUUAGAUUCGCCAAUAUAAGCAUAACGCUGCCUUUGGCUAUAUUGUUGCCCCUUACUGCUAACGAGUAACUUACUUGUCUACUCAUGUGAUAAUUUAGUAUAUUUCUACGUACCUACGUGUACCUAUCAAUUCGAUAAUCUUUAUAGCGAAAGGAUUAUUCCGGUAUACUUUGUUCUUGUUAUAAAUUACGGUGAACUCGGAUAAAGUAGUAUUUCAUUUAUUCUCUUAACAAACAUUUGUGUGAAAUGUGAGGAUAUCCAUCAGCUUCGUCAUAUAUCAUAAGUCCAAAGUGCAACUGCCCCAUAAUUUAUUGCAAAUCAGUUAGUAAAAUAGGAUAUUAGUAAAAUAGGA